CUCCAUGUUAGUUUGUACAGAUGUACACAUUCUCAUCACUGCUGCUAGAACUGUCUCUUCAACCAGGGGGUUUCUGUGACUGGAGGAUUUUACACACAUGGUGAUCUGUACUAAAGAGACAGAAUGGAGAUUAAAGUGUCUGUUGACGGAGUCCAGCGCAUUGUUUGUGGUGUAACUGAGAUGACAACGUGUCAAGAAGUAGUCGUCGCCUUAGCCCAAGCUCUGGGUCGCACUGGACGUUACACUCUGAGAGAGAAUUUCAAAGGCUAUGUGCGUAACGUGAACCCUGACGAGCAUCUUCUUGAGUCCCUAGGGAAGUAUGGCCAACAGGCCAGAGAGGUCCAGCUCACCCUACACUAUCUAGGGCCCUCUCUAGUGGACUGGCCAAACAAGCCCCGUGUGCAGUUAAGACAAGUUGAGGAAGGAGGAAGAUUGCGCAGAAGCAGCGCAGGAGCAGUCAUCCAUCGACAGAGCCUCCCUCCUCUUGAUCAUCUCCAACCCAAAACUCCCCCUGAAGAACUGAAGAGGCCAAAGAGGAAAUCAUUAACGCUGAUGGAGGAAGCAUGGAGUUGGCUGGAAAAUCUGGGCAAGGGAAGGAAGCAACAAUUAACACGAGAUAAGGGGAAAAAUGGAAAUCGACAACUGGAUAACAUGCCAGAGAAACUAGUCCAGGCCUCAAGGGCAUCACAAGGAAGAGAUAAAAAUAGACCAGAAAUUAAGAAAUGGAAGCAUAGAGAACACAAUGAAACAGAAUUAGGUGAAAGUACAACAGAACAAAAAAUGCCAAGAAAUGAAGUAAUUGUCUCAAAAAAGCAGGUUGAAGUUUUAGAACACGACGGCGCCAUUGAAGCAAAAGAGAACCUUAAAAAGGUAAUUAUCCAACAACAGGCUAGUCUGAGAGCACUCAAGCUCAAAAUAGACAGCACUGACGAGCAGAUUCUCAAACUUGAAAUGCAGCAAGCAGAAUCUAUGUCUGAUGAGGAGGAACAGCUCGGUUUUUGGCUCAACGAGCUGAAGGCAGAAGAGGGCUACGAGAAAGUCCUGCAGAUGCAGUUCCAGGAUUUGAAGGACAAAGUCACAGAGUGCAAAAAUAAAUUAGAGGAGUAUAAAAUCAAGCUGCAGAGGAUGGACCUAGUAAACACGAGGCAUACUCCGUGCCAACAAAGCAAGCUUGAUGCUGCCGCCGUCUCUGUUAGAAUGGAGUCGGACCGUACUUCAGGGGGUCUGGAACCAGUGACCGAAGAGAAAACAGAUACAGCGCUCCCAGAGGGAGACAGUAAAGAGAAGAUGGUAAUCACUAGAGUGGAAUCAAAACUCCCUUACAUCUUAGUUACUGCGAGCGAGAUAACGGAACCACAGCUGAGCAGCCCUUCAGAGCUCAGGGAAUGGUGGAGUCGAUGGACUGAUGCUCAGAAAACGACCUCGAAAUCUACACCAAAGGUUUUGCACCGCUCUGAAAUAAUCAUCCACCUCCGAGGCACAAAGGUGUAG